CAGCAGAAGCUCAACCGGGAUCGUCAGAGUGCCCUCCGACUUGGCCGCGCACGCAUCCCUCUUCUACAAAGAGCAACGAUAUCGAGUCGAUAUCGUGAGAGCGCGCGCGUUGACAACCACUACGAAGAAGAAGAUACCCCAAGAACGUCAACGAGAGAGGUAGAAAGAGAGAGAAAGAAAGAGAAAGAGAGAAAGAGAGAAAAACUACUUUCGAAGUUUUGAAAGUUCGCGCAUUCUUCCGGUGAAAGAUCGAAAUACGUUAGGACAACGAUAACGAUAAUCAAAAUCACCACGAGGAGAAGAACGAAGAUUAAGAAGAUUAAGGAAAAGAAAGAAGAGUGAAAUGAAAGAAUUAUUAUUCGAAUAUUCACUUUUAUUCAAUUACAUGGUAUUUCGGAAGAUCGAGAAUAACGUUUAAUUGGUAUCGAUUUGUUUCACCUUGUUGAAAAAUAAAAAAAAAAAACAAAAAAUAAAAAAGUACAAGGGAAUCCUUCGUAUUAUACUUCAUCAUUCGAAUUGUAAUAUGGUUACUGUUAUGAGCGUAUGAAUGGUGUUGUUGUUGAAGUUUCAAGAGUAUAUUAUAGUGUUCAUCGAUCAAUCAUCGACUAAAUAUUUAUUAUCAAUCGAUCGAAGAAAUAUAUAAAAAAAAAAAUAAAAUAAAAAGAAAGGGAUUAAUAGGAUCAAGAGGUCGCGUGAUAACGAAGGAUAAAGGUCGAAAUCAUCGUGAGAAGAUUUUUCGCGCGAUGCGCCGCUGAACGACGAUGCCUGCUGAGAUAUAAAAAUAAAAAAUUGCAGAGAGUAUUGAAACAUAUAUAUAUAUAUAUAUAUAUAUAUAUAUAUAUAUAUAUAUACUGUGCGUUUAUACACGAUUAAAUUUUCCUCUAGGAUGCAUCUUUGAUAACAUUUGUACCAAUAUAAUAUAAUAGUCAUCUCUUUUUUCUUUCUCCUUUUCUUUCUCUCUUUCUCUCUCUAUCUUUCUCUUUUUCUUUCUCUCUCACUCUCUCUCUCUCUCUCUCCUUUUCUCCAUCUUUAUCCGUGUCAUUGACUUCUUCAUUGAACGAUUAUCAAAACAAGAAGGAGAAUAUUUUGUUAGAAAUAAAUUCGGUCAUUUCUCGUGUACUCUAUAUCCGAAAGGAAGAAUAUAAAUCUUCAUCGGAAUAGUGUUGUACAUAUCUCGGACCGGAACAAGUCCUUGCCUUUCAGAAACUUGAGGAUAACGUUGUGCUAACGUUGACCGUAUAACACGCGUGAACAAUGAAGUGGUACUACCUAGUGCUGGCACUGAUCGCUUUAACCAGGGCCGACAAUGCGGUCCAAACAACGGAAUAUACGAAUUUCAACUGUCCUGAACUCAAUUCUCAAGAGGAAAUCGAUCUUGAUAAGAUAAUGGGCAAAUGGUAUGUCGUGGAAAUUCUUGAACAUAGGAACGAUCCUAUGAGACCUAUGAACAGUGAUCGCGUAGUUCUCGAUUCCUGUCCAACCGUUCAACUACACUCGCACGAAUAUUCCUCGCUGACACUUCUCUGGACAGAGACUGCUGGAAACUUGGAAUAUACGUUUCGGAUAUCUGACAUAUCCAGGAGACCAGGAUUCUGGACUUCCUCUUAUUUACAAAAUGGAACGUUAGCAGAAAAGAAAUAUAGACAAUUCACUGGUUGCGUUCACGUGAUGAAAGCAGUAGCCUCGGACAUGGUGUUGACCUUCUGCUCGCGAUACCCAACAAGCCAACUCUAUUCCUUGCUACUCUCACGGGAACACACGCUCGGUGAGGCUGACAGACGAGGGGUUCACAAUCUUCUUGGUCGACGAGGUCUGAAGAUUGUAGUAACUCGUGAGACCUGCGUGAACGGUGCAGCUGGAUGGAGAAGAGCUAUGGUUGACCUCGUUACCUCUACGACUCUUCUAGCACUCCUAUCCUCAGCUAUCCUUUCCAGAUCCUCGCAGUAAAACUCUUGACGUGACCACGGACUCCACCGCGAUUUCUCGUAUCAACCAUCUUACCUACUACACCCACCUUAUACCACCCUUACUCCAUUCAUUCAAUCCAAUCCUAUCCUUUACGAAGGAGUACUCCCCUCUCUCUCUCUCUCAUCUCUCGAGUCACGUAGAUCUCGCGGAUAAGGCUCGCCCUUUUUUUUUUCUUUUUUUUUUUCUUUCUGACAUAAAUGGCAUUUCGUAAUUUCGCACUAUAUCAAUAAUAAAAAAAAAAAUUGUUUCUCCGAUUUCAAUCAAUUCACAUCUUACUCGAAAUAUCGUCAAAUUUAUUUAAAAUGUGUGCAUUGAAAUAACGGAAAAAAAGAAAAAAAAGGAAAAAAAGAGAAAAGAAUAAUGGAACAAAGAAAUAAAGCUUUUCAAUAUCAACGACAUCGAUAUCUCUCGAUAGUACUUCACGAGUACGUAGUAUUGUUAGUUAGCAUAGAGAGAAACUAUUAUUGACGAUUUUUAUUUAAAUCGAUUCUAGUUAGACACAUCUGAAAUAUAUAGUCAUAUAAAUGGGUAUAUAAAGUAUAUCUCGAUAUAUAUACUAUAUAUACGUAUGAAUAUAUAUAUAAUGUAUCACUUCCUUCAUUCAUACUUUACUUUUAACAAAUAGUAAAAGAAGAAUCGUUCGUAUGAUGAGAUAUUACGAAUACAAUUUUGUCUUGAAAAGAGAGAGAAAAAGAAAGGUAUAAAAAAAAUAGGAAAAAAAAAAUUAAAAAUAAUAAAAAAAAAAA